AUGAGGCAGUUUCAGACCGAAUCAAACUACGUCGAGGGAAAGGGAAGGAGAGGAGAAGACAAAGAAGAUGAACAGUCCAGCACGCUUUGCAGCAUUGCUGUCCAGGUCGUCCCCUGGGCGCUUAACGCCUACGAUCGUGUUGGUCCCAUCGUCAGGAUGGGAGACGGAAGGGGAAACGAGCGGGAUAUCGAAUUCGAUAUCGUCCACUGCCAGACCGCAGGGGACCAUCGGCCGAUCCUCGUCUUCCCGGGAUGUGCCGGCCUUUUCGAAUGUGUUGGUUGGGGCUGGCUGAGCCGAAAACGCCGGGAGCUAAAUAUUCCAGCCCCCGAAAUACUUCAACCUCCAUACAAGAUGGAGGUGGCAUAUUACUUACUGGGAGAUCAAGCGUUUGCAAUGAAAGAAUAUUGUCUUCGGCCAUAUGGAGGGAUGCACGCCGCAGACUCCAUAGAACGUUAUUUCAAACACAGGCAUUCGCGAGCGCGUCGUGUAGUCGAAAAUGCAUUUAGUAUUGCCGUGAAGCUUUGGCGUGUUUUAUCGAAGCCAAUUGAACUGGAACCCCACGUGGCGGAAAAGGUGGUAAUGGCAACGAUUCAUUUGCAUAACUUCCGACGACGGCAUCUAUUGUAUAAUUAUACAUCAGCUAUCCAUCUGCCCCCGACUAGAAGUACAGAAUCUAGUUCUGCUGCUCAUAACGAAAAUAGUGGUGAAGAACUACCUUCUUCGAUGUUGUCGCUGCCGGCUCCUCUAAGGCCUACAAGAACUUUGCAAAAUAUGCGAUCGCACUUAGCGCAACAUUUUAAGGCUAAUGAUCCGUUACCAUUUUCCCUUCCGCAUCCUCAUAGACAAUAA